GUCUGGUUCACCUACCACAUCUGUACGCUAGUUUUCAGGACAGUCAGUACAAGAGUGUGUUCGCCAUUUGUCUCCCUUACACCGAUCCUUUCAAAUAUUCUCAGUACACCAUAACGCUUGCCUAUCACGUGAUUGCUGCGUGGUUUAUUCGGUCCCGUGUGGCGUACCGCAAAGCAUUUGUGGGAUUUGUCAGUAAGGGUCUCAAAUCAAGUGCUAUAAUUCCGGACCGUUAUGAACCCAAACCAGAAAAUCCCUCCUUAGCAACAGCCAAAUCUCGCACUGGAAGCUUCACAAAUCAGCCCUCGCCCCAGUUUCAUAAUCGGUCGAACUCGCCCGUGGUUCUCAAGGAGACUGAAGCAGCGUGUGAGCUGCAUGCUGAGAUGAGUGAAGUGUGCAUGGACAUGAUGGCCAGAUACACGUUUGCCCCGUGUAUGUCACAGCCAAACAGGACCAAGGCGGUGGAGUUUAUGUUAGCUAAUGGCUAUUCUCGUACUUGGAUGAUCGGUAAUACAAUAACAACCAUAACGACCUCUGGUACUUAUAUCGGCCAGGACGGUGUUUGCGACAACUGCCAGGCGCUAAGACAUAGAGCAGCAGAUAUGUCUCCAAGGGAGAGUGAAAAAACAGCGAGGAAUUCCAAACAGAAGAACACUGUGGCGGAUGUCGCGACAGACGAUUCUCAUGUCCAGUCUCCCGAUGAAAAAGCACUUGGAACUGGGACUCAGAAUCCCGCGGGCGUUGAUGAAUCUUCGAAGCCUGAGGCGAAGUCAGAGUUUCACAGCGGUGCACUAUCAGACCGGCGGCUAAGUGGGCAGUUUGUAACCAUCAAUCCACAAAAUUGUCGUUGUGUUUGCCAAGGCUGGGCUGAAAUCUUUAUCCGUCGACCCAGCGGAAACAUCUCUUGGAUUAUGCGUAUUCAGAAUAAGGCUAUGUCAUCGUUAGAUAGUGACGUCAGUACUGCCCUUUUAGAUGACCCUCAGAUCGAUGAAUUUUCAUCUCCACACAGUGAAAAUCAGGGAGAGGUCCUGAGCACCAGUACUGAGAGUGGCUCUGUUAUUAUUGACGUGGUCAGACAAACUAAUCUUCCAGAUGGGUUGGGAGGAGUUGCUUUUCACGAUACAGCUCUGGGGGAGUCCGUCGCUUCUUCUGGCUGGCAACAUGGCGGCAUGGAUAAAGACAAAAAUGUUGAUUCACCUCAGCUAGAUCCAGUGCUUAUUUAUUCGCAAAGUGCCAGCACGGCCACUCCACCAAGCACACCAGUGGGGUCUGUAGAUUCAGAGCUGUUAGAAGGAAGGGAAAGACUCCUCAGCAGGAGCCCGAGCAAGGGACCUCAUGUUUUUACGAUGCAGGAAUCUGGAUGCUCAGACAUACUUGGAAGCUUGGAAAGAACUCCGAACGAAGAUGUUCCCCCAAACAAGACGAGAAAAUUUGAUAAGCCAGAACUUGGUGUUUCUCCUGCUGACCCUUCCCCAGUCUCAUCUCUGCCAAGACAUUACCAGUUAGAGCAAAAAAGAAGAGACGAAACCAAAUAUCUGUCGUCAUCCGAGAUGUACAGGCUUGCGAGUGACGAAGAGAGUGUACAGUCUCUCAAUAUUGAGGAGAAUCCUGAUCACGCUGGAGACCAAAAGAUAGAAACUACACAGACUGACGUUCCUCAAAGCGGGACAGUCACCCCACCCAAGAAGGCCGAAAGACCGAAAUCAGUUCCAUACCAGUCUCUCAAGGUAGAGCGUGGUGUGAUCAGGGAGAGCCCGGAGUUUGCUUUGAAUACGGAAUUUACCGAACAGGAUGGCAAACCAGCUCUAACAACAAACUUUGACUCAGGUGUAAACCAGCCGAAGCAACAUAGUGAUAAACUAGACACUAGCGUUCAGGCUCCUAGGAAUGUGAAGUUGAGAAAGUCUUCCAGUUUGAGUUCACCCAUCAGGAGGAAGAAAGACUUGGAUCAUUCGGAGCAUUCUCCAUUUGCAUCCCCUCGCCAGGGAAGAAGUUCAGUUGCAGUGAAAAGUAAAGAAGCAGAGGACAGGCUCGAUUCGCUGGCCAGCGUUGGCGAUCCGAAGAAAAGUACUUCGUCACCGGAGUUAACUUCACCACCGGCUUUCCCUAAAGGUUAUUGAAAGAGCUAUCAAAUGCCUUGAUCGCAUUCCUCCCUAUGACACUCACAAGAUCGGCGUUAUAUAUGUAGGGCCUGGGCAGCACGACAACGAGGCGGCAAUUUUAAGCAACGUGUAUGGCUCUUCUCGUUAUAUGCAGUUUCUCGCGGGUCUCGGGACGCUUGUUCGACUGAGGGAUUGUCCACCUGCCGAGAUUUACACUGGGGGACUUGAUAGGAAUGGUGCAGAUGGUGAAUUUGCAUACAGCUGGCAGGAUGAUAUUUGCCAGGUCAUAUUCCACGUUUCCACGUUGAUGCCAACCAGAGACUCGGACCCAGGCUGCAACUCUAAAAAGAUGCACAUCGGUAACGACUUUGUUACCAUAGUCUACAACGACUCGCAACAGACGGUCAAAUUCGGCAGAAUUAAGGGUCAGUUUAAUUUUGCUGAGGUUUUGAUCAAACCACUCGACAAUGCAUCGAACAUGGUGACUGUGAGAUGCAAAGACGAGCUGAAGGAUCUACUCACAGAUACAGGGACUCGAGUCAUCUCAGACAACAACUUGCCGCGAUUGGUUCGUCAGCUUGUAGUACAUAUCAAUAUGGCUUCAGUAAUUCACCAAAGUCAAAAGCGCCCAACUGACGCCUACGGUUGUAACUGGCUCGAACGAUUACGUCAGAUUAAGCGCGUGCACUCAAAAGCUGCAGCUGAAAACUUCACAGUCCCCAGUAGUCCAACAGUACGGAAGGUAUCCCCUUCAGUGGGACUGCGCAUGUCGUCAGCACCGAUCAGCGGUCUUACAGACUUCACUGAGUUCAUGAUGAAGUAGUGCUGAAUUAUCACUUGUUAAUAUAAGAGUGGAAGAUCAAUGAAGUGUCCUUUGAGGGAAACGUUUUUUUUUUCUUGAACGUUUAAAACAGCGCUUGAAACUUUUUUCAUAAAGAAGCUUUUACGAAACGAAGUAAUCGCUUCAAAUAUCGUUUAAGCUUUUACACCCUAACAUCAGUUUGCAUAUUCUCCAUACUGUUCUCUAGACAUUUCCUAAGGUGUUGCCUGACA